GCGGCCCAAGGUGUCUACAAAAGAGGUAACAGGGUCGGGAGGUCCCGUUACUGUAUGAACCCCCGUACUCGAACUCCCCAAAACAUCUUUGCCUAACUCUCUUCUUGUAUUUUCCUACACUUCACAUGUUUUUGUCCUUAAUUUUACAUAUUUAAAUACCUCCUCAUCCUCCAUUCUUUCCCACCACCUUCUCCACAUUCCCAACCAAUCUCCCUACACUUGUACGUACAAUAUCGGUUAAAUGGCGGUGAGGAAAUCGAACAAACAGACUCAGAGCGCAGCCCUCAAGCAGAUCAUCAGAAGAUGUUCGAGCUUCGGGAGGAAUAGUGAUACUAGUGAUCUUCCUAAUGAUGUACCAAGAGGCCACUUUGCAGUUUACGUUGGUGACAACCGGAGCAGGUAUAUUGUCCCGAUAUCAUGGCUGAAUCACGUCGAAUUCCAAGGCUUACUUGAAAGAGCUGCAGAGGAAUUCGGGUUCAAUCAUGAUAUGGGACUUACCAUUCCAUGCCAAGAAGAAGAUUUUCUCUAUGUCAUGUCCAUUAUUCAAUGAAGCCAAUGUCGUUCUAGCCCGCGGAAACCCAUUUAAUCUUCUUCUCAUUUUUUUGAUGGGUUAUGGGUUAGGUUAUAAGAUGAUUUGUAAUUUAUUCGUCAAUGAAUACUAUACUUAGAUGGGCA